CAGAAACUUUAAAUGCAAAAAUUCCAUCUUUUCAUUCUUCUUUGCAAUACAUUCAAUACAAUUUUCAUCAGCCAAUCAAUUGAUUAGGCCCUUGAUUUCCAUUCAGAAUUUCGUAAUCUUACCUUCUCGAUGGAGCUAAGGUUUCGAUCAUUGAAUUUGGCUGCAUUCCUUUGUUUGGUUGUGAUUGGAUUUCAGGUUUCGAAGUCGGCCGCUCUGAUUGCCACCCAUGAUUCCUCCAAUCCACCAUACCCCAAAGCAAUUUCGGAUUUGAAGGAGGCAAUUGUGAAGGGAUUAGGGUUCCAGGCUGAUGAAUUUAAGAUAUCUGGGUUUGAUUUGAGGGACGCACAGAUGGGAAAGUCAGUAGCUUAUGAAUUCGAUGUGGAGAUUGAUAAUAAAGUAAUGCCAUUUAAGCUUUUGGAGGAUGUGAAUCGUUGGGAAUACGUGGAUUUGCCUAUUUUCCAAACAGCGCAUUCGGCUAGGCUGGGUGAGGAAAACGGUUUAGUGGAGACGAAGAAAUUUGAUGAUAAUCUGCCUGUUCUUGCCCCUUUCCAGCUGGCUGGCCCAAUGGAGCUUUGGAUUCAAGAUGCCAAGGAUAUGCGAAUCUCAUUACCUCAUGACGUGGAUGCCGGUGUGCUGAAGAAAGUGAUUCUAGCAGAUGGUGCCGUAGUCACUGUUAAGGGUGCUCGAUCCGUUAGCUUGCGUCAUCCAAUUGAGCUACCGCUGCCAUUUAAUCGGACCAGCAGUAACUUUGCAUCAGGUAUUUUAGCUCUAGCCGAGUGGCUACGCAAUGCCGCCCAAUCCCAUGACGGCCCUCUUCUUUCCCUUCGCAUUGUUGGACCAACAUCGCUCACAUCCCCUACCUCUUCAUCGCCUUCAUCCAACAACCGGCUCAAGUUAAAGCGCCUCGCUCCUGGUCUCGUCGAGCUAUCCUCUGCAUCAAAGAGGAAAUCCGUGAAAUCCAGCAGCACAGCCAUUGAUCUCCAAAGUGAAGCCACUGCGCUUCUUGCGCCUGAUCGCUUCAGCACAAUGUGGCCCAUCACAUCCAUUGAUGGCUCCAACUCUAACCUGGUCGGGUUUGAGGCUCUGCUGUCGUCCGUGCUGGGUCCCAAAGCGGCUAAGGAGGGUUCGUUCAAGCUUGUGAAGGCGGAUGUUUCGGCUCAGACUUUUGUGAAGAUGGGUUUUGUGGUCGAGAAGAAGACGGGACAAAGCGAUGGAUUCAAUAUGUCUGGUUUCCCGGAGUGGAGGACGAAGCCACAGUCUGUGAGGAUGCAUUUUGAGGUGCUGGCUAAGGUGGACGGGAACAAGGUUGUACCGGAGAGGGUGGUGCAGAUCGAUCCGGUGAUCGGAGAGGAUACUGUCGCGGAGAAUGUCAUGACCGGCAACACGACCAUGUCCAAGGUUCCUGUAGUGUACCAGCCUUCUUCUCCAUUUGCUCUAUGAAGUAUGGUGAUCAUAUUUUGUGUUAAUAUAAAUGCUUUUAAAAACAGACCGGCAAGUGAACCGUCAAAUAUAGCGGUUUAUUGCUCAAUCGAUCAGACCGGUCUAACUAUUUAUCAA